AUGGACGGUCUGAAACCGGCGGAAGCCAUCGCCACCGUGGCAACAAAAGUUAGCCCGUCGGCGAAGAAGGCACUCCUCAUUCUCAACUGCAUUCUCUUGGGUCUCGGAAACUGCGGUGGCCCAUUAUCCAUGCGACUCUACUUCAUCCAUGGUGGCAACCGUGUUUGGCUAUCCGCUUUCUUGGAGACCGCCGGCUGGCCGUUCAUCCUUGUCGUCCUUAUCGUUCUUUACGUCUGCCGACGGUGUUCAUCCACCACCUCUGUAACAGUCAUUCAUAUGCGUCCAAGGGUGUUCUUCGCGGCGGCGAUAAUUGGUGUCCUCACCGGACUCGACGACUACCUUUAUGCAUGCGGCGUCGCUCGCCUCCCUGUCUCCACCACCUCCCUCAUUAUCGCCUCUCAGCUCGGUUUCACGGCGUUGUUCGCGUUUCUGUUGGUCAAACAGAAGUUUACACCCUACUCCAUUAAUGCGGUGGUGCUUUUAACCGUGGGUGCGGCGGUGCUGGCGUUGCAUACGAGCAGCGACCGUCCUAAUGGGGAGUCGAAGGCGGUGUAUUUGAAAGGGUUCUUUCUGACGAUGGCGGCGGCAGCGUUGUACGGGCUGGUGUUGCCGAUGGUGGAGUUGACGUACAACAAAGCGAAGCAGGCGAUUACGUAUACGCUGGUGUUGGAGAUUCAGAUGGUGAUGUGUCUCUUUGCUACCAUCUUUUGUACCAUAGGGAUGAUCAUCAACAACGAUUUUAAGGUGAUUCCAAGAGAGGCAAUGAGUUAUAGUUUGGGUAAAACGGAAUUUUACAUAGUAUUAUGCAUCAAUGCAAUAUUUUGGCAAUGCUUCUUCUUGGGAGCCAUUGGAGUAGUGUUUUGUGCAUCUUCGAUGUUAUCGGGGAUCAUAAUCGCUGUAUUGCUUCCGGUAACUGAAGCAUUGGCUGUGGUUUUCUAUAAAGAACAGUUUAAGGCUGAAAAGGGUGUGGCUCUUGUUCUAUCUCUUUGGGGAUUUACGUCUUAUUUUUAUGGUGAGUAUAGAAGCAUGAAAAAGAUGAAGAAUAAAACACAAUCUUUUGAUGAUGAAUCAAUGGAGUUGCGUGAAAUUAAUUCAUCUUCAAUAUGA